AUGGUGUCCGUCGAUGGCUCUCACCACGGGCCCCCUGAGGGCGAAGGGGUCGUCACUCUCACUGAACGACUCCCGACUAAUGACGGAAGUUUUGCUCCCUCUUGUGCUGAUGGAACUCUAGUCAAUCAAAUGGAAAUAUCGUGUAGGUCAGACUCUGCCCACGCAUCCUGCUCCACGGCGGCUGACAACUGCGACUCACCUCCAGCUGGUCCUCCCCCUCCUCUACCAGUCACAUCUCCUCCUAUCUCACCCCCUGUACAGGUUCUGAAGGAGACAGGAAAGCAGAGAAGAGCUUCACAACCGCCGCCAGUGCCGGCGAGAGUCACUGCUACAGUCAGUGUAACAGAAGAAGCUGUAACACGUAAAGUGAAACGGCGAGUACGGCGUAUGUCGUCCCCUCAACAGUCGCGGUGAAGACCUUAUAACGUUGGAGAUACGGUUGAAAUUUCUAUAAAUAUCUAAUAAGAUAUAAGUUGCGAUGAAAAUUCUACUCUAUUGCAUAUAUAUAAGAAUGUAAAUUCAACUUCAGUGCUAUAUGUGAUUGAUACUAUCUACGUAUUGCCUUUCAAUGAUAUUUAUGAAGUAGUUUCUUUAGAGAAUGGUGUGUUCAAUAUGAGAAAUGGAAACAAAACUAGUUGAAUGUUGGAUGAGGUUACUGAUUGAA